GUCACAUGCCGAAUGGUCCGGGUCUAAACCCCCUGACUUCCCCGGGUUUUGCGGGUUUGGCGUCCAUUGACGGCCGGACGGAAACGGACCCCAACGGUGUCAUUGAUCUCCACAGUCCCACUUGUCAGCCGGCCGUCGCCGAGCUUCUUAAGCUUCCCUCCCGCUUGUAUCAACGACGGGCAUGAUAUAUUGCAUGAUGCAACAUAUAAACUCCACUGUAUGCUUUGGAGAUAUAUAAGUGACCUUGGAUCACCUCUUGAACUACUCGUCCCAAGUGACCCCGCAACCUCGGCUGUCAACUUGUUGUCGAUCACAUUCACAGCUGAACUACAACAACACGAUAUCACAAUCACUACCAACAUCAGCAAAGAUGACAAAGGAAGAUCCCAUCGUCAAGGCGUUGCAGCAAUACACAACCUGCGAUGUCUCGGACGCCCUCAUCAAGCUCAAGUAUCGCAAUGGCGGGUUUCUCUCCGGUCUGACCAUGUGGUCCCCCCACCGUCAAGAAGGCGCAACCAAAAUCGUCGGUCCCGCCUACACCGUCCAAUAUGUUCCUUUGGAUGACCCGAGGCCGAAACACCCUACACACUAUAUCGACAACGUCCCCAAAGGCUCCGUAGUCUUCGUCUCCGCCCCCGCCAAGACCCCCAACGCCGUCUACGGCGGCCUCAUGUCCACGCGUGCCCGCGCCCUGGGAGCCGUCGGCUCCGUCAUCGACGGCCGCUUCCGGGACCUGCAAGAGCAACGAGACCUGCAUUAUCCCAUUUUCGCUCGGGACGUGGGCACCGCGCCGCCUGCCGAGCUGGUGAAGGUGGUCGCUGUGAACGUGCCAGUCAAGCUCCAGCAGACGACGGACGAGCAAAAGGACAUGAUGAUUAACCCGGGGGAUUAUAUCGUGGGGGAUAUCAAUGGCGUGGUGGUGCUUCCCAAGGAAUUGGCGGAGCACGCGCUGCCGUUGAUGAAGAAGCAGGUGGAGGCGGAUGCAAAGAUGCAGGUUGCGAUUGAGGGGGGGAUGAGUUUUGUGGAGGCUAGUAGGAAGUUUAGGGGGUGAGAUAUUGUCUUGGGUAGUUUGGGCUGGUUUGGUAGAGGUUGGAGGUGUUUUUUCUAUGGAUGAUAGCGACUAGUGAUGAAUAAUGAAACUUCCUGAGUUUUCUUUUGGUUCGGAU